GACUGUACAGUUUCUUGUCCGGUUUGCUGUUCCAUCCAGGAAGGGAGGAAGACUCCACACCCUCUUCAGGAUGGCCUGUCUGCUUGGAGGCAGCAGCCCAGUCCUUCUCCUCUGCGUUCCGCUCUUGGCCAGCGCCAAUUUGAUCCAGUUUGGCCACAUCAUCGAGCACUUGACCGGAAGACGCCCCCUGAUUUACAACGGCUACGGCUGCUACUGCGGGCUGGGCGGUUCCCGGCAGCCGGUGGAUGCCACCGAUUGGUGUUGCCAAGUUCAUGACUGCUGCUAUCAGGCCCUGUCGCAGCGCCACUGCAAACCCAAAAUGGAAAAAUAUUUCUACUCCAUCAGGAAAGACACCGUCACUUGUGGUGGGGAGACCGAGUGCCGGAGGGAAACCUGCGAGUGUGACAAAGCCGCAGCCCUCUGCUUCCGCCACUCGAAGUUUCAAGGCCAGUACAUCCGCUACCGCAACCGCCUGUGCGAAGGACCCACACCGCCUUGCCAGGGGGUCUGCCCCCGCUGGGCCCCCACGAAGGGGGGCUGA